AUGACAACAUCAACAAGACAUGUUCAUGUUAUCGGUGGACCAAAUUCAGCAUUUGCUCGUCUUUUUCCUGAUAAAUAUCAACAGCAACAAGAAAUAAUUAGAAAGCAACGUUCAAAAUCAAUCGAAAGUGAACGUUUAAAAAAUUCCGAUCGAAUUACACCUGAAUAUAGAUCAAAUAAUAAUCAUAGAGAAAUACGGAGAAAAUCUUGUCGAAUUCGAUUUUGUCCAAAUGAAGAUGAUCGCUUAAAAACUCGUACUAGAUCUGAACCCUAUCUUAAUCAAAUUCAUUUAUCAUCAGAUUAUUCAAAUCGUAAUGUAAAUUAUGACGAACAACAUCGUGAAACAAACUAUCGUAAUAAUUCAGAUAAUAUCAUCUAUAAUCAAAGAGUAGGUAUUCGAUAUUUAAGACCACCUACACCACCUUCGCCUGGACCUCUCGUUUUUCGUGAGAUACAAUCAACGCCAACCGAUGAACUACCACCACUUCUUCUUUCAACAACACCACCAAUACCACCUCGUACUCCAUCACCGAUUGUUGUUCGUGAAAGACCACCAACGCCACCUGAAUAUCAACCAACUGAAAUCAUUACAAAAAAGCUACCACGUGGCCCGACGCCACUACGUCGUGUAAUUCUCCGACACACAUCACCUUUGCCUGCUAAGCCACGUCCAGUAAUCAUUGAGAAAUGGUUACCAUAUAAAGACGCUAAAGAACGCCGUGUUCUCUAUCAACGAAUGCAACAAACUCGACCUGCUCAACAUAAUCUUAUUUUUCGCUGUGAACCACCUCAAGUCAAAAUUAAACAAAAAAUUGAACAUAUAGGUUGUUUCCGUGUCGAUCCGAAAGUCUACACAGCUCAAUAUGGUUCAACACUACGACGUACAGAUAGUAUUCGAAGAGUCUUAGAGAAUAUUGGAUGUAAUGCUAAUUUACUAACGUCAAAUGGAUAUCAAAAUUGUUAUUUGCCAACGAAUAAUUCAUCCUACAACGAUAAUCUACGAACAAGAACAUCUCAUGUUUCUAAUGAACGUUUAAAUAAAUUACUUGGUUCACCUAUUCUAACCAGAGCAAAAACUACCAGAGAAAAUUAUUAUGAUGUACCAAAGUCAAAUGAUGAUGAUCCAAAUUAUACAAAACUUUCAUCUGCGACUUGCUAA